AUGCCUGGAAAAGGAGCUGAAACAAAAAAUAACAAGGAAGAUGGCGAGACCAAGCCUAAGCCUUGCUGUGUGUGUCUCCCAGAAAAGGACGAAAGAGAUCAAUGUAUCCUUUUCAAUGGGCAAGACUCGGAUAAAUGCGAAGACGUCAUUCAAAAAUACAAAACGUGCAUGAAGACUUAUGGAUUUGACAUCUAG